AUGCUUCGCCGACUUUUAUCCAGUCCCUUGUCUAUGAAUGGAAAGGUGGAUGAAGAUUUGUAUGGUGCUGGUGAUGAACCAAAGGAAUAUUUUCUUUUAUCAAAAAUGCAACCUUUGCCUCCCGAAGACUUUGAUCAGGGAGAUUUACAAAAUUAUUGGUAUUCACAACCAAAUUUUGGGAAUAAUCAACAGCAUCAUCAACAAGGUUUUUCAACUGUGGCAAUAGAAAAUGAUGUUUAUUGGCCAAAUUUUAUUCCUCUUGACCAAUGCAAUAAUGGAAAUGCUUCUAAUAUUAUUACAAUUAAUUCAACAAGUUUACCUCCACCAACACAACCUCCUCAACAUUUAUUUUAUUCUACACCUCUGCAUAUUCCUUCAACAAAAAAUAUUUUGGAAGAAAAAAAUUUUCAAAAUGACGAUAAUUGUUAUAAAAAUAAUUUUGUUUUUGAAUCUACUCAAGGUUUUUUAAUUUAA